ACACCUCUUUCCUGUAACAUACUCCCGGUGCACCAGGAACCUGCUGGUCUCACCUGUCAAGUUAGUUUGUGUUGUAUCUGUGAGAAACACAUUGAAAUAGUGAGCUCGCUAUUUUAAGACAAAGUUACGAGUUGUUUCGAUGAUGUGACCGGAGGAAAAACAGAAAUCAACAAAUGUGGCCCAAAAUGACUUCGAGCAGCUGGAAAAAGCUUUGCUAACAGACUCUUGACAUUGCUGUUAUUGACUGAACAGAGAGAUUUUAAAAAUGUCUGGAGUAGGUGGUGUAAUCACAGAUUUACCUGAAGAGGUGGCACUUUCACCUGCAGAGCCUCAAAUAGCAGGAAGUAAAAAGCCAGAAGAGAGCAACAGUGUCGAGGAAAGAUGGGAGGACGGAGGAGAUGAUUCAAAGGAGGAGGAGGGGGAGGAGGAGGACGAGGAGGAAGUGACCAGCUCUGCUCAUCUGGAGCCGAGCACUCUGCCGUGGCCUGGAGACAAAGACAAGAGGCCCCAGACGGCCACCGAUGAUGGAGUCCGGUCAGAUAAAGGAGUCUCUGAGCCUGAAGAGAGAGACACAGGGAUGAGCGGAGGAAGCCAGGACCUGUCAGAGCCGGCAGAGAGCGACAGAAAGAGCAAGUGGAGGGAGAGCAUGCCUGAAGGCGAGAAGUGGAGGGAUGAUGAGAUCGAGGUGCAGCGGGAAGGUAAAGAGGAUGGCUCACUGGCAGAUGAUGAAGAGGAGGAGGAGGAGGAGGAAGAAGAAGAAGAGUCGAAAUGGAUCUCAGAGAAAGCUGCUCUGGGUUUCACUCCACGAGUCACGAUUGUGCGUCCGACAAGCAAAGAGAUUCCAGAUGAGAGCAAGCUGUUCAUAGAUGGAGACGACGAGAAGGAGCCGCAGACGGAGCCUGACUCGGCAGCACAGUUUUAUCCAGAGUGGACAGAACAGGACGACAAAUACUACUUGUGUGAGCAUCUGUGUAGUGAAAAACUAAGGCUGGCUCUGGCGACGGCGGCCGCUGCCAUCCUUUUCCCUCUCCUGGUGUGGGGAGGUUACGCCCUCCUUCCUUUUGAAUCCCCGAUGCUGCAGAGCACCCCCCUCAGGGUGGUGUAUACUCUACGCUGCUCCUUCUUCGCCACCAUCCCCAUCCUGCUCGGUGUGGUGGUGCAGGGCGUGGCCCGGCUGCGCUACAGCUCCCUGAAGCCCCUGUACCAGAGUAAAGGGGUGAACACAGAGGUGGCGGUGCACUGGCACUACAUCAACGAAUCACUGGCCCUCUUCCUCUUCUACUUCCUUCAGCUUGCUGUCAUGGCAACCUACAUCAGCCAGGACCUGGUCAAACUGGUGCCGCUGCUCACCAUCAUCUUUGUUUUUGGCAGGCUGAUCUACUGGCUCUGCCUCUCGCUGGGCAGCAGCAUCAGGGGCCUCGGCUUUGGCUUCUCCUUCUUCCCCAUACUGGUCAUGCUGGGGACCAACCUGUACUUCGUCUGCUCAUCAGUCGGACAAGGGGCAAUUUUUGACGUGGAACCUCCCACGACAGCUCCUCCUCCCAGGCAGCGCUUUUGGGGUUAAAGGCCGAUGUCCAAAAAGCUGGUGAGGAGCUCAGAGACGAACAACUGCAAAACAUUUUUUUUACAAUCAUGACACAACACUAAGACAGACAGCGAGGCUCGUUCGUUUGGUUUCCUUUAACGUUAUAAUCCUUCAAAUUUCCAUCCUAGUUGAUUUGGUGACACCUGUGGUAGCCAUGGUAACAGCAAAUGCAGUUUAAUACCUAGGCAAACUCCUUCAGCAGCUUUUCGUAGAUCUAAAUUAAUAAUGUAAAAAAAAAACCCAAAACAACAAAAAAAAAACACUAUGGCAAAUACUUUGCAUUCCCUGUGACUGUGUCACAAUAAAAGCUACGCAUGAUUCUCCAGAUGAGCGCUUUUAAUUUGAAACAGCAGUCGGAAUUGUUCAGUUUGCAUCUGCAGUUGAAACAGCGACACUUUUAUCAAUGACAUGAAAUUAUAUUGGAUUAAACAGAUGCAUAAUUUCCCGUGAAUCCCUUUUGUUUAUGAAGACAAUCAGGAAUGGCGGCCUCUGUCACCACAAAAAUAAAUAAUACCAGAAGUUAGGAUUUCAUGAAGAUCCUUAAGGAUUAUAUCUUUAAAUGUUCGAUAAUUUCUUUGGCCUUUGUUUACAAAAAAUCUAAACAUGAAGCAGGUUGUGGGUUGACUUGUAAGUUGAAUCUUUGUAUACAUAAAUGAAGAAAUGCAACAACAUUUACAUGCUAGUUAAGAGAAGAAAAAGAAGAAAAAGUUUACAUACAACAAAAAGUCUUCAUGUGCAUGCAAAUUUUUUUAAAAAAGAGGUAGUCUGAAGAAGGGCUCUUUUUACAGUUUGUUUACAGUUUCUUCCAGAUCUUUAAACAUUACAAAUCUUCCUUAUCUUGGCUGAUAAAAUCAGGUUCGUGAGCGAGAAGAGUUUACGUGUGAAGCAUCCAGUGUUAAUAUGUGAUGCAAUAAAAUGAGACAUAAAAGUAAGACAUGAAAGUUGAAAAGUGUCAGUUUGUAUGACAGAUUAAAGUCAGUCGAAUAUCAAAAUUAAACUUGAGAGCACUGUUUUGAAUACAUGAUUUAUUAAGUUGUUUUAGGAAUUUCCUAUUUUUAUUUUGUUGUCAUGCAUCUGGCACUAAUGGUAAUCUUUAAACUUUAUAUUUAUACUUGAGGCUGUUAAAUGCAUCUUUGUUUUACUGAUCAAAAGCUUUUCUUUUGUUUAUAGCAUCAUGAGCUGUUGGUCUGUUUUUGGAUAGUCUACUUUCUUUCCUUCGAAGGAGCAUUUUUCAGUGUAUGAGUGAAAUACUAAACCAAUAUUUGGGACUUUGAAUGAGUUCAAUAAAGCAACAACAAAUAUGAUAAUCAACAUUGUGCAGCAGCUGAUGAUUCAAAUCCAAAUCAUUGACGAACAAGUUACUUUUCGCAGAUCAUCUCUCAGAUAAAAACACAAAAUUGUUAUAAUUAAAGUUAUUAAUAAAGUUAGAAUUAAGUUGAUGUGUUGAUGAGUCAUGAGGCAAGUUUCAACAAGAUCAAAUAGUCAGGGUCCAAAUUCAAAACCUUAAAAUGCAGUUAGUCUUGAACAACAAAUGUGAGCAAACUGCGGAGGUGAAGAAACUGCUAUGUCGAGGAAAAACUGAAAAAAAUUAAUCAGUCAACGGUGCUAUCUGUUGUCAUUUCCUAAAGUUUAAGUUUUGGAGAAACAUGAAAUGUGGCGAAAUCCCACACCAUUAACCUUUUACAAUCCAUGGUUUAACUACUGGUGAGACAAAAAGUAACAUUAUCAUUAAAAUUGAAUAUAUGAAUAAACAGAUUAGACUCAUCUUUUAGAUUAUUGUAGUUAUUUACAAAACACAACAACACAAAAACCAACAUGUGAUGAAAAAAGUGGAGGUCGUAUGAAGAUGAAAUCUUUAAAAAUGGUGUCUCCAAACUUUUGACACGGCCUGAAAACAUCUUAAACUUUUAAAAACUUUACCUCCAAAUUCACUGCGACUGUCUGACAGUGACUCCAAUAACAUGCACUAUAUUCAGCUCAACAUUUUAUUACAUACCACAUUAAUACCUUUGUUAAAAAUUUAAGACAUAGUAAAAUACUAAUUAAAAAAAAACUUUUUAAGACAUGACACUGCAGUUUUUAUUGCAUGCUGUGUUACAGUGCUGUGAACCACCAUACUAAGAUGUUUCUGUGACAUUUGUUAUCCUGUUCUCUUCUUUAACUUUUUAAUAAAUGAAAUAUUACAUUAUAUGA